CCCUGCAACUCACGGAUAUUUUCUCAUCAUCUGAAUGAAACGGGAAUUCUGCUUCUACUGAGAAUAUUUCCACCCGAGGUAAUAGCAUUCUCGGAAAGGGACGAUCACUCAUGACAAUCCCAAGCUCACCAUAAGUAAUACUACCGCGUGAUUGUCUUCAAGCGUUCAAAUGUUCACAGUAAUACUGAAUCGAAAGACUGGUACUUGCACUUAUGAUCCACCCACUUAAGUGACUAGCGUGGCUUGCACUUUGAGAAUAGGUCUCGAAUUUGAAACUUGGAGUAGGAAUAUCAAGAUUUGAGAUGUAAACUAAUCAGGCCGGCAGUAGCAUAAGCCAGAAUUUGCGUGGCAGGCGAUUGAUGUCGAUGUUAUUAGUUGUAUCCAGACUGAGUCAUAGUAAAUUCAGUUCCCAUAAUCCAAUAUCUCAGCAGACAAUAAGAAUCUUAGACUUGAGCUCGAUUUGGAUGCACAACGGACCAAGCCGAUUCGCGAGUGAAGUUGGCUCGCACGUGAUGCGCUUUCCAGAUUUCUGGAGCCGUGAGCCGAGGCAUCUGACGUCCACCGGCGGCGCGCGACUUCAAGCUACACCCCCAUCUUUCAUUCUUAACCCACACUCAUCAGUUCACGACGUCGUGAAUCGUGUUCAAACGCCUAAAAUGGUCCGUGAGGACCUCAUAACAUCGGCUGUUUCCUUCUUACAGGAUCCAUCUGUCGCCAGUGCCUCGCUGGAAAAGCGCAUCGCUUUCCUUCAAUCCAAGAAUCUCACACAAGAGGAGAUCGACGUCUCACUCGCUCGCGCAUCCGAUGACCCCAGCCACCCGUCCUCCAUACCACCACAAAGCUCUCCACCAGCAAAUUACGCACAAAGACCACCUGCUCCAGGACCAGCAUAUAAUGGGUACCCACCACCCGGAUACUGGCAGCAGCCGCCACCACCAGAACCUCCCAAGCGAGACUGGCGAGACUACUUCAUCAUGGCGACAGUGAUGGGUGGCAUUAGCUACGGUCUAUAUUUUACUGCAAAACGAUAUAUAGUCCCUCUCAUCGCACCUCCCACCCCUCCUCAACUGGAACAAGAUAAAGCCGCGGUCGACGAGUCCUUCAAGCGCGCCUUCGAUCUGUUAGAACAACUCAAUACCGACACCGCCGCCCUCAAAGCUUCCGAGGAAGCGCGAACAACCCGUCUCGACAAUGCCCUCGGUGAAAUGGAAAGUGUACUAUCGAGCUUGAAAGAAUCGUCGAAGCGACAAGGGGACGACAAUCGGAGGAUCGAAGACGACGUGAGAGGCUUACGGGAUCUGAUCCCCAAAGCCUUGGACGCACAGAAGGAGACAACGGAUGCGAGGUUGAAGGAACUCUCCACGGAGCUCAAGAGCUUGAAGACAUUGGUCGGCAACAGGAUGGGCUCUGGCGCCGCACGCCCUCCUUCAACACCGUACUAUGGAGCUGCCCAGCCUCAAGCUUCGGCCUCUACUCCCAACAUCAGUGGCGCCUCGAGUGUACCAGGUGUACCCACAGCAGCCUCGUCAGCCCAACAACCCACUCCACUUAGCGAGCACAGCACGGCGACCACUAGCGCAACCGAGGCACAAGGUAGCAGCAGUACCCCAGCCCCAUCUACUCCUGCCCCUGAGAAGUCAGCGUCUCCAUCACCGUAUGGAAGACUUGCAGGGGGUAGGGCCGCAAUUCCAGCCUGGCAAAUGGCGGCCGCGAAGAAGAACGAAGAAGCAAAGAAAGACACGAGUGAAAGUGGCACCGCGGCUGAACCAGCCGGCGCCAGUGCGUGA